GCCUAUUAUCGCCAGGGAGUAGCACUAGAAUGUUUGGGUCGACACGCAGAUGCUCUGGCGGCCUUUGCUUCAGGGUUAUCCCAGGAUGCAAAGAGUGGGCAGUUGUUAUCAGGGCUUAUAGACAGUGCACUGAAGUCCCCCAUAAAAGAAAAAAUACAGCCAACCUAUCAGCAGCUGCGACAGAUGAAGCUUGACAAGAGUCCAUUUGUUAUCAUCUCUGUGAUUGGUCAGGAACUCCUUGCAGCUGGAUAUUACGCUGCAGCACUGGUACUUCUUGAAUCUGCAUUAAAAAUUGGGACAUGUAGUUUGAAAUUGCGUGGAUCUGUGUUCUCUGCGUUAAGUAGUGCUCAUUGGGCACUAGGGAACAUAGACAAAGCUAUUGCUUGUAUGCAGCGUGACCUGGCAGUGUGCAAGUCAUUAGGUGACCAAGAAGGUGAAUGCCGUGCCCAUGGUAACCUGGGGGCAUCAUACUUCUCUAAGGGUAGCUACAGGGAGGCCUUAACCAAUCAUAGGUACCAGUUAGUUUUGGGAAUGAGGUUGAAGCUACGGGAAACAGCAGCGGAGGCCCUCAGUAGCCUGGGUCAUGUUUACACUGCUUUAGGUGAUUACCCAAACUCCCUGGCCAGUCAUAAACAAUGUGUACUGCUUGUUAAGCAAGGUGGAGACAAGCUCUGGGAAGCACGGGAAAUUGGUAAUGUUGGUGCAGUAUACCUUGCAAUGGGUGAAUUUGAGAAUGCAGUAGAAUGUCAUGAGGAACAUUUAAAAAUUGCUAAACAGAUAAAAAACAAGGUUGAAGAGGCAAGGGCUUAUAGUAACCUAGGAAGUGCGUAUCAUUAUAAAAGAGCAUAUGAUGCAGCUAUAAAGCACCAUAAGCAAGUGCUCAUCAUUGCUCAAGAAACAAAAGAUAAAACACUUGAAGCAAGAGCUUUUGCUGGAUUGGGCCAUGCAGCUCGUAACCAAGGAGACUUAACAGCUGCUAAGGACUAUCAUGAAAAGCAAUUGGAUAAUGCGUUACAGACUCAUGAUAAAGCAGCAGAAGGACGUGCAUGUUCAAAUAUGGGGAUCAUCUACCAUCAGUUAAGUGAAUGUGAUGCAGCAUUAAAACUCCAUAAAGCUCAUUUACAUAUUGCCAAGGAUAUAAACGAUCGCGCAGGUCAGGGUAGAGCAUAUGGGAACAUUGGGAAUGCAUACAGUGCCUUAAAACAAUAUGAUUUAGCUAUACAAUAUCAUAAGCAUGAGCUAGCUAUCUCAAAAGAAGUUUGUGAUAAACAUUCCGAAGCAUCUACACAUGGCAACCUUGCAGUUGCAUACCAAGCACUCCACGUCCAUGACAUGGCUAUGAGUCAUUAUAAGGAACACUUGAAUAUAGCCCAGGAACUAAAAGACACUAACAGUGAAGCAAGGGCUUUGAGUAACCUUGGCAAUUACCACAGCUCAAAGGGAGAAUUUACCCAUGCUAUUCCUUACUAUGAGCAAUACCUUAUACUUACUCAGGAACUGCUGGACACUAAGGGUGAAUCAAAAGCUUGUCAUAGUUUAGGACACGCCCAUUUCUGCCUCGGGAAUUAUCGUGAGGCCUGUCGAUAUUAUGAACAGGAUCUAGCACUAGCCAAAGAACAUAAGGAUCAGCCCAAUAUGGGAAAGGCCUAUUGUAAUCUAGGGCUAGCACAUAAAGCAUUGGGGAAUCAUGAACAAGCAAUGGAGUGUCAAAAACAUUUUCUCGGGAUAUCUCAUACAUUAAGGAAUCUCCAAGGAAAAUUUAGAGCACUUGGAAAUAUUGGAGAUGUGCUAAUCAAAAUUGGUAAAGUUGAGGAAGCCAUUAAGUUAUUCAACCAACAAUUGCAAAUCGCCAAACAAACCAAUGAACGUGCUCUGGAGGCAUCUGCAUAUGGAGCACUUGGGAAUGCACAUCGAUUAACGGAGCAACAUGACAAGGCAUUGGGGUUCCAUACUCAGGAACUGACACUGCGACAGGAAGUAAGUGAUCUGAAAGGUGAAUGUCGUGCUCAUAGUAACCUUGGUAAUGUCCAUAUGGCCAUUGGGAAUUACAUCAAUGCCUAUAAGUGCUAUGAUGAACAAUUAGAGCGUGGACAAGAGCUCUCAGAUAGCAGUGUUGUAUCACAUGCGUAUGGGAAUCUUGGCAUUGCAAAAAUGAACCUGGGAUUGUUUGAAGAUGCUAUUGGGUUAUUUGAGCAGCAAUUAGCAAUGCUAGAGCAGGUCUCUGGUAACAAGGCGUUAACAGAUCGAGGACAUGCCUUCUGUAACUUAGGAGACUGUUACGAAGCAUUGGGAGAUUUUGAAGAAGCUGUGAAGUGCCACGAACAAAAUCUCUCAAUUGUGCAAAAAGCAAAUAAUGUACCAGGACAGGAUAGGGCUUAUAGAGGACUAGGGAAUGCACACAGGGCAAUGGGGAAUCUUCAGCAGGCCUUGGUGUGUUUUGAGAAGAGGUUGUACAUUGCCCAUGAGUUGGAGGAUGCUACAGCCAAAGGAUCAGCUUAUGGUGAAUUAGGUUGUUUGCACAGUCUUCUAGGCAACUUUGAGCAAGCAAUAUCAUGUCUUGAGCACCAGAUGAACAUUGCACAGGAAAUGAAGGAUCGUACAGGUGAAGGGGAUGCAGCAUGUGGUCUAGGGGGUGUAUACCAGCAGAUGGGGGAAUACGACCAGGCUGCUGAGUACCACAAGAAAGAUCUAGAAAUUGCUGAACAAACAAACAACAAUGCAAGCAUGUGUCGGGCUUAUGGUAACCUAGGAUUGUCCUAUGAAAGUGUAGGUGACUUUGAGAAAGCAGUGCAUUAUCAGGAGUUACAUCUGAACAUUGGUGCCAAGAUGAAUGACAGAGCUGCCAAGACACUGGCCUAUAGCAGUCUAGGGAGAGUGCAUCAUGCAUUAGGGCAUUACUCCAAGGCAGUCCAAUACCUUCAGCAAGGUCUCCAGAUAGCAGAGCAGCUUGGUAGAAAGGAGGAUGAGGCUAAGAUAUGCCAUAGACUUGGUCUUGCCCUUUGGGGUAGAGGGGAUCUAGAAGAAGCCCAGACACAACUCUAUCGUGCCACAGAGCUGUUUGAGUUGAUACGACGCGAAGUCCAGAUCAGUAGUGACUACAAACUCUCCUUAUUUGACUUGCAGACAGCUUCAUACCAGGCAUUACAGAGAGUCCUAGUAUCCCUAAAUCGUCACGAAGAAGGGCUAGUUGUUGCAGAAAGAGGGCGUACUAGAGCAUUUGUUGAUCUUUUACUUGAGCGUCAAUCGGGUGCUGAUUUUUCAAACUUUGUGGACCCAUCUCCGAUGACCAUAGAUCAAAUUGUAGAUGUGGUGGCUCGCCAAAAGGCUGCAGUGUUGUAUUAUUCAAUAGCUGCAGGAUAUUUGUAUACAUGGUUGAUCACACCUGAGCAAGGUGUUGUGAAAUUUCACGAGUGCAGCAUUAAUGAACUGGACAGCAGUGACCCAGAGGCAGAUAAUCAAAGCAUACACAGCACAACUGCAUCCUUGUUGGAUCAAUAUGUUGGCCAUGUAAGGGAAUCUAUGGGAAUAGAGUCACAUACCACAUCUAGUAUUUAUAACUCAAGAGCAUCUUUGAACAGAUCAUCUUUGGGGACACUUAGUGAAACUGAAAGUGAGGCUGAUGAUAUCUGGCAGCAGCAAUUGGAGGAAAUUGGGGAUAAACUAAAUGCCGAAAAUGAUCGCACAGGAUUCCUCCGUCUUCUAAACAGAAACCAUGUCUUCAAUAGCAGUAACUACAGUUUGAGUAGUUUGUUCAGUCUCUCUAGUAGCACUAACAGCAUGAGUCUACGAUCGGCACGACGCAGCGGUAGUGGUUCCUAUAGCAACAAACCACCAUUGAGUGCCCUCUAUGAUCUGUUAAUUGCACCAAUGGAUGAACUUUUGAACUCUGCAAGUAUGCCCAAAGAACUUGUUUUGGUGCUUCAAGGUGAUUUAUACUUAGUGCCCUUUGCUGUGCUGAAGCCAAGUCAGGCGGGGGACAGUUUGUAUGAACGAUUUCAUAUGAUUGCUGUGCCUUCCAUACGAGCCUUACAAGCCAGCCAAUCACAAGCCAUGAAUUCCAAUAAUCAGGAAUGUUCAGGAGCAGUCAUUGUUGGAAACCCUAAAAUGACACAAGGAGUGCGUGAACGUUGGCAGUGGACAGAUCUCCCACAGACAGAACAUGAAUGCCGUAUGGUAAGCGAAAUGCUUGGGAGUAAGGCCUUAUUUGGUAUCAAUGCAACUAGGGAAGCUGUCCUAUCUGAUGUUGCAUCAGCUGAGGUUAUUCAUAUAGCAGCCUAUGUUUCAUGGAAACUAUCCUCAAUUGUGCUUUCACCUGGAAGUGCCUCACAAGACAAACCUUCGCUACGUAUUGACCGCAUGGCUGAUGCCAAUGAUGACUCAGAACCUGGAAUAGAAAAUGGAGGCCCCUCACUUUCUGACUUUCUGUUGACUGCAGCUGACAUCUUGAAUCUUAAUCUCAAAGCAAAACUUGUUGUUCUUAGCUCAGGGCACACUGACGACCGAGCUGGGCGAAUCAACUCCGAUGGAGUCAUUGGCCUCACCCGUGCAUUCCUAGCUGCAGGGGCACAGGGGGUGUUAUUCUCACUCUGGCCUGUGCCAGACAUGGCCUCAAAGAUUCUCUUGAAGUCAUUCUACACAGCAUUGCUACAGGGUGGGAAAGCUAGCCAUGCAUUAAGUAGAGCAAUGACAACAGUGAAGAGUACAAAACAGUUUGCCCAUUCAUCCAACUGGGCUGGUUGGUUGUUAAUUGGUAGUGAUGUAAAGCUGAACAGUAAGGUUGUCCUGAUGGGCCAAGCAUUGUGUGAGUUGCUACAGAUGCCUGGAAAAUGCAGAGAGGCCAUGCGAGUGGUACUCCAUCUUAUUGAGAAGUCUCUACAACGAAUACAGAAAGGUCAGCGUAACUCUAUGUACACAACUGCUCAGAGCAUUGAAAAUAAGGUGGGAGCUGCACAAGGAUGGAAAGAACUUCUUAUAUCUGUUGGGUUCCGGUUUGAGCCAGCCAAUGGGAAGACUCCAGAAGCAGUGUUCUUCCCGACAACUGACCCUGGUGACAGAUUAACGCAAUGUAGUGCUAGUCUUCAGGCUAUGCUUGGUCUAUCAGCCACCUCAUUGAUGGCUUUGUCCAAACUUCUGAGCCACUUUGAAGCUGGGGAAAUGAUCAUAUCCAUGUUACGAGAAGUGAAUACCAAGUACACCCAGAAGGACAACAACAUUGAGGUCCCUGUUAGUACAAAACUAUGGAAGAUACCAGGAAGCCAUGAGCUACUAGCAUCUCUAGGAUUUGACCUGGUUGACAUUGGUAAAGAAGGGGUGAGGCUUAGGACAGGCAAGCAGGCCAGUAAACGUAUUCUGCAGUUUGCUAUACAAGCCCUUACAGCAGUCUUUGAUACACAAGAGGCUCCAAGGGCACUGACAUUGGAUAGUUCAAGUUCUAUGGAGUCAUUAACAUCUAGUGGUACAGGUACAUCAACCUCAAACUUCUCCAAGGGAAGUUCACCUCCAGGAUCCCCAUAUGCUAGGAAACGUGUGUUUAACCCCAAUGACGUGGAUUAUAGAAUGUCACAUAUGAAACAGGCUGGAUUUGUUGGUCGUGGGUUACCAGGGCAACCAGCACGUGCUGGUUCAGGCUCCUCAACUCUGUCUCUCCAACUAGACCACCAAAGUAAGAUACGCACCAUGGUGAGAAGUAGUUCAGGUUCAGAUACUACAUCACCUACACGUAGUUCCUCAUAUCAUGGAUUAAACUACAGUGAUGAUGGUCCAAGAGUGAUUAGCAUUGACAUGCAGGAUUCUUCAACAAAUGACUCAAGCUCAUCAAAUCCAAACCUCGACCAAGUUGGGUAUAAACGGCAAAGUUUAUAUGAGAGAGGUCCGUUGAAAGGUUAUUUUCCUGCACAGCCUACACCAACAUAUUCCACAUCAUCUCCAUCAGAGUCUGAUGAAUAUGGAACAGAAGCCCUUACACGGAUGUCACAAUACCGCCUCUCAGCAAUGUCUGCCAACUCAUCAAGUAGUACACUCACUGCAAAAAGUACCGGCACAGGUGGAGGAAUGCGUAGGUCAAGAUCACGCAGCUCAAUAGGCUCAGCAAAAAGUAGUGCCAGUGAUCGAACACUUACAGAACAGUUUGACUUUGAUGAUAAUCUCAGUAUAUGGUCACAUAAAAGUGAUCGGUCAGCUAAAAGUGAUCGUUCAAUCCGAAGUGAUCGUUCAGCCAGAAGUGAUCGCUCUAUUACAAGUAAUCGCUCAAAAAGCAGUGAUCGUUCACAGCGUAGUGAUAAAUCUCAAUCCAGUCUGAGAUCAAAAAGUAGUGACAGAUCAUCAAGGAGCGAGCGAUCCCAGCGCAGUGAUCGUUCAACAGAACGACAGAAAUCUACAAGACAGGUCAAGUUUCAUCCAAACACAACACCCUCAGUUACUCGUACUGAUUCAGAAUCUUCCGUAGAGCUUCCCCUCAAGGUACCAAAAAGCAACCCUAGUAGUAGUACCAACCCCCUCACUCACCCACAGGCUAUUGCUGCUAGAGUACUUGCAGAGACACACAAACAGCGCCAAGCACUGGAGUAUAUGCAGCACCUUGCAAUGGAGGACACACAAGCAACAAGUUUCCUACCAACCAUCAUGUCAACAUCAGAGAAUGAAUCAUCACGUACCACAACUCCUAUGCCUGCUGGGUCACUAAAUACAUCACUUGAUAUGACACGAGAUGAUGAAAUCUUCACCGAGGUGAAACCAAAACAUUUGGACCCACAGGUGCUGAAUACAUUAAUGCAGAAGAUGAGUGAACAACAGAUAUCUGCAAGGAGAGUGAGUGUAAGCUCUACUGAUGAGUCUAGCAAACUCCCUGCAGGUGCACAUGAACCAACCAGUACUCCAGACCUAGUUGUGAAACCAAUAAUUGGGAAUGGCACCAAACAAAGGAGUGUAUCUUUGGGGGCUGGAGAAUCAGCAACUGAGAGACUGGGCUUAGGCAAUUCCGAAUCUAAGGUCUCUGAGAGUGAUGCUAGUAAGAAUGAAAAUGAGGGUAUGAGGACAAGAUCUUGGAGUGGUUCAUCGCGAGGUUCUUUGACAUCAUCGAAGGGAUCAGUAGGAUCCUCUAGAGGUGGAACAGGAUCUGUGGCUCAAAGAAUUGCUGCUAUUCUCCGUAAAGAUUCAAAUAACCAAACACCUGACAAAUCUUCAGUUGACUCUCCAGAUGUACCUACAACUCAAGAAAAUGCUCCACUUGGUAAUCCAACCAUAGAAGCUGACUCAAUUGAGAAAACUGCAUGUGUAAUAUUAAACACAGAUGGCGCUGCAGUGUAUGAAUCUUACAGUUCCCCGAGCCACAAAGCCACAUUUAGCACAUUCUUUAGUAACCAUAGCAACAGCAGUAGCAACACCCCAUCUACAAAUCCUUCAUCACCACUAGUACCACGUGCUGCAGAACCCUCAUCUCCUCAAACUAAUCAUGGACACUUUCAAAAAACUCCUCAAAAGUUACCAAAUGGCAGAAAGUCUCCAUACAGCAGUUUCUCCUCAACCACAACGGAGGAAGGGGAUUGGUCGCGUCGUGGACCACCCCCGCCAUAUAAACCAAAAGAAAAACCAAUGAUCGCCCCUAAACCUAAGCAAGUAACAUUUAAGUUUGGAGGAUCCCAUAACACAACAGCAAUAAGCCACAGUGAUACUAGCUCAUAUAAACUCAGUGAUAGUUCAUUUACUUCAUCCCAGGGGUCUUUAACAAGUGACAGUGAACAAAAAUCUCCCCAGUUAUCUUAUAAUAUACGAUAUGCUCAACGUAAAACAGUUGCAAAAACUGACAGUAAUAAUGCAAAUCAGAUGCAAACUGAACAAAAUGAAAAACAAACACAUGGAUAUCAAACAUCUCAGACAUCUGGAUUUUCAAGCUCUCAAACAGAUGGAUCUGAUCCAUCACAGACACAUGGAUACAAUUCAUCGCGCAGUCAAAAUCAGUCAGCUGGAUUAAACCAAUCUCAAACAAAUGAAAAUGAGCAUCCUAAUUCUGGUAGAUCUGCAACAGAACCUUAUUACAGACAUGAAGUGCUUAACACUGCUUCGCAUACAGAAUCUCAACAAAAGAAUGGUUAUUCACAAUCUCAAGGUGGUAACACACAAUCUCAAGGUGGUAAUACACAAUCUCAAG